AUGUUGCACCGCCCGCAACCGGCGAACAACCUCAGCAGUUCAUCAUCGACAAGCCGGUUGCCACGGGCACAGAAUCCUACGGUCACACUGCUGCAGAAAGCACGAGAGGGACAAAUUCCGCGAGGUUCAAGUUACUUACAAUUUGAAAAGGACAGCGCAAGACUACCUCGAGAUAGACCGUCACCUCCCAAAGGCGAUCCAGUGCAUGCGCUACGCAAAGAAUACGCGAGCGAAACGGAAGCAGAGCGCAGUGACUACGAACGCGGCGCCGCUCGGAAAAUGGCGGAUGCACCGAAGAAAAUAGAAGGAAUCAGACCCAUCACCAAAGACGGCAUGCCUGUCGCACUUAGAUCUGAAGUCAAAGACCCAUCGCGGUGGUACAAAAAAAUGUACGACACGAUACACAAAAACAAAUACGACAACGAUUAUGUGACUAUUCGAUACAAAAGUCGCCGAGGUCAACCUCCGGAGCGUGUGUUGAUGAACAAGUCCCAAUACUUGUACUUCGACCCGCGCUCGGGGUACAUGAGCGAGCCGGAGGGCCCGCGGCCGGCCGCGUGGAGCGACGCGUACGACAGUGACGUCACGGCCGGCCCGCGCCGGCGCACCGCCUCCGUGCAGGACGACCGGAGAGUCAGCGACGUCACGACACACUACAUGCCAGCCAAUAAAUUCAGCACUUUAGCCUCAGCCAGAGCAAGCCAGGAAGUGUACAAAAACCAACCAGGCAGAAUUGAAGAUUACGUACCGGGAAGAUCCUCUGUUGUCGAUAAAGAAGCAAAACAGUGGUGGGACGAGGUCAUGGACAUAUUUGACGGGUGGCUAGACGACAACUCCCCUCUGCCUCCUUACACCACAUUGCUAGCACGCGCCAUACAGAAGAGUCAAAACAUAUCAAGCACAACGUCGUUGCCGCAAGCUUCGCCGAAGGAAAAGAAAAGACAUCCACGUCUACUAUACUGUCGAAGUCGAACAUGGCGAAAGCGUUAAAAGAGUCUGGGUACGAAUCUGACUCGACGCUGAUCUUUCGACGUCGCGAGGAGACAGACGCGCCUCUGUCCCCCGCAGAGAGACGAGCCGCGUACAGAGACCUGCAGGCAGGAGGUGAACCGCCCAUACGAGGGUUCCGAUCACCCGCGCCCCCUAGACAAGACGAAACUGAAAUCGAAUAUAUUCCGAUUUCUCCGACACUGACGAAGAUAAGAAUCCAUAAGAAAACAUCUAAUCUACAUGAAGUUAUCUGCUAUCCUAUAACUUCAGUGGAGCCCGACGUUUUGGCUAAUAUCAAGAAGAGGUCCUCAAGUUUAUUCAAUGCUGAAACUGAGAAUUAUAAAAUAGACUAUCCACCAGCGCCACCACGAAGAAUUUCAUCCAAAAAUAGCAGAACUUUAAAAUUAGUUACUUCUGCUCCACCUCAAACAAUAACUGAUAUGUCUAAAAAGUCCACAAUCCCAACUAAAUCAAAUGUG